AAUUUCAAAACGGGACGCGCCAGCCACCUGACCUUCCACUACUAGCGUCCAUAGAUAAUAACAAAUAAAACAAAUGUAACGAAUGAAGAAUAUGUCAUGCGAAGUACACUCGAUGUUGACUAGUCGACGCGUAGCAAGUGCCAAAGAUUUUUAUCGCUAGUAGAUUUACUGUCGUGAUUAAAGUGUUGUGUUUGCGUUAGUAUAUGAGUGUAGUAACCUAGAGAUGUCUAAGAGAAUGAAAAAGUAUCUUUUCUAGUUUAUUUAUUGCUUCUAGUUACUUAUGAAUAGUUUCCAUAAAUAUAUCUAGAAGUUAUCGUGUAUUGUGACUAUUUAUUAUAAAAAUUGUGGAUUACAGAAUAGAAUUGAGAAGCUUAUGCAUUAUUAUAAUAAUAAUCAGCAUAGUCGUGUCAAUGAUUCACAUAUAUAUAAAAUGAUGAUUAUCAUGUUGGAAAUUGAAUGUAAUAUUACGAAAUCCCAUCUUGUAACAAAUUGAAACGUCUCUUCGUCAGCAAGCCAGUUGAUGUCAAUAGGAUAUUGAUAGCACAUCUGGUGAGCGAGACUAGUGAAGAACUAACCAAUAAAACGGACAAAAUUACUCUUUAUAAGAUCAAUGGAAGUAGUAGCAGCGUCCCCUAACGGGGCUCCUUUUCGCGAUCACGACGUACGAGAAUGGUCAAGGAUCGAUUCCAUCACAGGUGCUCUUGAACGAGCACGUUUGGAAACCGAUCAUUGGUCUGCGAAUACGAUAAAUUCUUCACAUAAGUAUGGAAAGGUAGUGGACUCGAGAGCUCGCACCGAUGCAGACGGUGCGCUCUACCAAAGCGCAAAACGGCAGUUGGAAGUCUUUUCCAGUGAGGUACCUGGGGGACGAUUGCAAGUGGUAAAAACGCACACAGUGUCUACGAGUAAGUGGAGUUCCACGGGAAAUAACAAGGAUUUUGAAAAUCUUCAGCUCACGUUGAAUCCUCUGGAUCUGUCGUCGCAGAAAUCCAAAGCUUCAGUGGGCAGGAGUGCAGCUAGACGUCCUCCUACCCGACAACGGGCAAAAGAAAAUCUCCAGCCUUCGAUAGAUCUCAAUGCCUCACUUCGCAGCGCUCGAAUUACAGCAGCAACAAAUCUCGACCGGGUAUCCAGACUUUGCCAUCAAAUACACGAGUCUGCCGUGAAGCAAGCCUUCGGGAGACGAUCUCCUCGUUUAUCCAUAACCGAUAGAGAAAGCGGAGAUGGCGGAGUCGAAAUUAGCGAAAUAGAAAGUGAUAAUACCAGUAAUAAUAAUGUUAAUGGACACACUAACCUUGUGCGAACUAAAACUAGCAGCAACGACGAUAUUAGUUUAAUACCCGAAAAAGAUACUAACGGCAAUAAGAGUGUCAACGAUCUAGAAGAUUUAGAACAAUUACAAAAUUGGAGAAGGUCUUCGAAGAUUAGAAGAUCAUUGCAUUUUCCAAAAGAAAACAAGCAAACUCAUAGUAAACCUGUAGAUCUACCUGAUAAUUCGGGAAGUGUACGAAAAAUUCGGGAAGAAAUAGAAAAAGGAAGAAGACUGAAUACGGCAUUAAGAAAUAAUAGUGUGGAUUUGGAUGCGUUAGAUCAGAUUUUACAAUCUAUUUCAAGCUCUGGUAGUGAUAAAACGAGUGAAGAUCAAGAAACGGAACUUCCCAAAAAACAAAAAAGAAAUUCUUUUGUUACUGUCGAGUCUAUUCAAGAAAUUAAAGGACGUCUGAGGAAAACUAGUUCACCAACUAGUGAUAUUUAUAAGGAAAACGGUAAAGAUGAAGAUCCCGAUGACGGUAUAGUAACAGAAGAAACAUCAUUAACAACGCAAAGCGAAAUGCCAAUAGUGGAAAACUCUCGAGUGCGAUCCUAUGUCUACGGGAUGGAGACACUGCUCAACAAAAAACCUGGAAUAGGUACUGGUAGUUUAGAAUCCCGUGUGAAAUUAAUACCGACGAAUAAAAAUGAAGACUGGUAUAAUCGUCGAAAAUCAUAUGGAUUCGAAAAAGUCCACCAUCACAACGAUUCACAAAGUUCAAUUUUAUUCAAGACGAAAAAUUUCGUGGAGAGCUCUACGGAUAGUGGAAUUUGCAGAUCUACGGAAAUAGAUGUUCCUACUAAGAAGAAUGGAAACAAGGACAACGAAUACAGCUCCGACGAACAUAACGACUUCGAACAAAAAUAUAAAGAAUUCAAUCACAACAACAAACAUCAACUUGGACAGGUAAAGAGAAUAGCAAAUACAUUUAACCAAGAAGACUCAAUGCCGCCAGCGAAUAAAAAUGAAAAAUGGAAGAAAGACAUUACCGAUUGGUCAAUGUCGCCGACCGAAAUAAAAUCGACAACAAUAACGAUUCCUAUAACGAAAAAUAACAACGUGGUUGAUUUACCGUGGAACGAUACUAACAAAGAACAACUUCGGGACGUAAAAAGACAUUCAAUAGCCGUCGAUGAAUCGAAAUACGUAAUUAGACAUAACGACAAUAGUUUUAGAAGAAUCAGUUUGGCUUUUAAUGAUCAAUCUAGACAUGACGAUGAAGACAACAAUAUGAGAAAAACGAAAAAAGUAGAAUUCUGCAAAACCGAAGUACAUUUUGCAGCCGAAUCUGGUAAGGUUAAUAUUGUGGCCACUGAUGAUAAACCACCUCCUACGCAAAAUUUCAGACGAAGACGUAGAAAUUCCGGUCCUACGAUAGAAGAAUUUAGUAAGAACGGCUUACCAUUAUUGCAUUUUGGAGAUAUGGCUAUCGAAAAGUCACUUUUCAAUAACUCUGAAGACACAGGAUCCGACUCAAUUUACGAAAACCUCCAAUCUCGUUUACCAUCAAGCUACGCACUCGUAACUGUAAAUUCUAACAAUCCAAUAAAUGCCGAUAUAUCUGAAGAAGAAAAAAAAGAACUUACCGAGAACGAAAUUAGAGGUAUUUUGAAGAAUAAGCCUAUAAAACCGAAACCUUAUCAUUUAGGGGAAUCAACAUCUUUUUCUGAAAAUACUUCUGACGAUGAAACUAAAUGGGGAGUUAGAUUGAGACACGUGGAAAAACCUGAAGUGCCAAUUUGGAAAUCUACUGUCACUGUUCACAAUUAUAAUUUUAUGAAUCAAGAGAAAGAAAACGAACCAGAAUUUCAAAAAUUACUCAAGAAUCUACGACCGACUCGAAAAUCUGACUACGCCAGCGACAGCGAUUCUAAAUUUGGAGAAAACAACAUCGAUACUAAUUAUAAUGACAGUAACGGUAGAAUGUCAUCUUGGCCCAACCCUGAAAUAACCGAGCCUUCGAAAGAAGUAAAAGGGAUGGAAAUCAAGGGAUAUUCUACUAAAAUAUGUUUAAGAGAAGGGGAAGCGACUGUUGUGGAAAAUGAAAGUUUCGACGAAGAAAGACAGUCCAUUAGACCAAGAAUUGAGAAUUUGAGGGAAGACUCCAAACACCUUCUCAACAAAAGUCUAGUGGUGCGAAUUGGUAAGGAAGAUUCAGCGCUGAACCAUACGCUAUGCUCGAAAAUGUCAACUACUGAAGAUACAAACAAUACUACAACAACCACGAAAAUCACCAUUGAUCUAUCUCCUUCCCCUUCUACUAAAACAGAUAAGACUUUUUCGUACACCAAGUAUGAACGAUCUCAACCAACCAGUUUCAAAUCUACCUCUUUAAUACUUAACACAAUUAAUCAUAGUAAUAAUGGUAACAUUCAGAAGACUGCAGAGAUUAAAGACAGUAUUCCAAAAGAACUAGAAGCUUUAAAAAAACUUUACGAAGAUGUCCAAAGUGACAGUGAUGCUGAUAAGGAAGUGCAGUUCUUGUUAUCGAGAAUGACCAAGGACAACGGUUUGGAAAACGACUGUAGUAGCGUUUUAAGUGGCAGUUGGAGUAAAAUGAAGACUUACAGGAAUAUGAAUAAUGUUAAGGAAGCGACUACUACUAAACUAAGUGCUAAAAUAGAAAAAGAUUCCUUAGAACUAUCUGAAAACUCGCCUCUUGCCACCAGGAUACAAGAUGGCUCGAUAAAACAACAUAGUACUGUUAAUAUAAUUAGAACCAAUCUCUCGCCAAAUCCUGUAAGGGAAACGCCAGUCUGUAGGCCUGACCUAAAGCCUAGUGAGCAACUUUCUAGUCCUUCGAUAGUAAAUAGAAGUAAAAAUAUAGAAGUAACAAGAAAACCUGAAAACAAAUCUACGGAUUACUUCAAAAUUAACAUAGAAAACAAGAAAAUACAUCCAAGACCAAACGACGGUGUAGUACUGCGAACUCCCAAAAAGUCUGAAAUGACAUAUUUCGGAGUUAACGUCUCUCCUAAACCGGCUAAGAAAAUUUCUCAGGCUGUGAUCCGCAAAGAAAAUAGAUUAUCAGAAAAACCAGAUCUCAUACAGAAAAAAUCCCCAUUACCUAUACGAAAAAUGCCAAAAUCUCCUUCGCCUAUUAGAAGAUUUCAAAAAACUCCGUCACCUACUAUGAUUAAUAAGAAUCCACCUCCAAUUACCAGAAGUGGUAAAAAAAGUCCGGUAAAAGAAGUCUCGGAACCCAUUUAUGAAAACAUUAAAAAUAAGUAUGGAAGAGAAUUUGACAGUAGUAUUUUAGAUGAGCUUACAAAGGCUGCAGAUCAGAUAUUGCAAGCUGUUAAUGGGUACACCGACGAAGAACUUCAUAACAGAUUAUCUUCCGAUGAUGAGGACGACUCGAAGAAGAAGAAAUUAGAAACGAUAUUGGAAACUAAAUCUACUCACCAAAAGACUUCCAUAACCAGACAUAAAGUAUCUGCUAACAAAACAAAAUUAAAACCAAUUUCUCCCUCCUCAUCAAUAGAAAGUUUGAACAAGAAGAGAGUCGCGCCAGAACCUAAGAUGAAGCCCUGUUACGAAAAACAUAGAAGAAGAACUGAAAGAAUUGAAAAAAUGGAAAAAUUAGACCAAAAUUCAACAAAAGCUGCAAAUACAAAAGCUAGACGGCUCCAAAGGGCAAGCAGUAGAGAAGCUCUCCUUAGGUCUAAUGGGUCAUCCUCAGAAGAUCUGCCUACGAAAGUGGAACCACCUAGAAAACCCAGAUUGAUUAAGAAAACUAAAGUGAUGCAAUUAACAGUUAAUAAUGGAAUGGAAUUCAAAAAGAGUUCCAUUAGUAGUGAUGGAAGAAGAAAAGAAGACACUGUGAAUAAAAUCGGAGAGGAGAGAAUACAUAAUAGCUUGCCAGAAAUACGACAUAAGACGGCUGUAUCUUCAAUUAGAAGUACAUCAGAAAAAACUACCAGAGACAGGAUGAAAUACAAAAGUGAAGACCCAAAAAGAAAAAUUCAGCAAAAGAAGGAACCAAUUAAAUCAAUGACUUCUUCAACAAGAUCUGACAGAGAAAAAUCUGCCAAACAACCUUCACAUCUUCAUAAGGAGACGGUGACACAUCGAAUAUCAACAGCGAAUAUCAAAAAGUGUUAUCGCUCUGAAGGAAGUAGUAAACAUUGAUAAGCUGGGUUCACUAUAUUACUCCCAAUAUGCGAAAAUGAAAGUUCCUAAGAAUUUGAAAUUUCAUCAACGAAGUCCAUUGAAGUUUUUUCACUUUUUCGCCUAAAAACUAUUGUAAAUUAAUGCUUUUUAAUGCUUCAUGUUAUUGUUUUAGUCGUGUUAAUUAUUGUUUUUACUUGUAUUUAUUAUUUGAAUAUUAUCUCCAAUAAUUGUGAUUGUAAACUGCUUUUUGGUUUUGUGAUGUUUAUACAAUAAACGUUUA